GUUGAGCCCUCUUUUUCUGAGCAGAAAGGUUAAAUAACCUUUCAUAAUUUUUCUCUCUCUUUCUCCUUUCCUACUCUGAAACCCUAGUUCACAACAUAUAGGAAAAGAAAGCUACAAAAAAGAAAAAGAAAAGCAACAGAUCUCUCCAAACCCUUCUCCCCUUCAUCUCCAAAUGAUCAUCACUAAGAUCUCCAUGCAUAUUCUCUCUUCUUUUUAUACCAACUGAAAGACAAGUAAAGGAUUUGCUUCCAUUUCAGAUCCACCCUUGAAAGAUAUCGUAAAGCUGCUAGCUCUACAUUAAUUUCCAGGUUCCUUUUUUCUUUUCCCUUUUCUUUCAGUCGUUUAUUUAAUUUUCAAGCUAUGGAUUCUGGUGGUAGUGGAAGUAUGCAAUCUUCUAGCGGUGGUGAAGAAGAAUAUGACUCAUCUGCCCCGCCCUUCUUCAAUAAUCCUCCUCCUACCCACUUCGGCUCCAUCUCAUCAAAUCCACGCCCUUCAUUUUUCUAUCAACACCAGCCCAAUUUGUUUGAUCUUUCACCUAAUUAUCUCCACGUUCUCUCUCAAACCCAACCAAAUCAUUCAAGUCCCAAUUCCGCCGACCUUGCCUCGUUGAACAAAUUAUCUACCUCCAGCUCGGCGGCUCCUCCGGAGCCUAACCACGGCUCGAUGCUGCACAAUGGUGCACGAGCCGCAACGCAACGCAACUCCAAGAAGCGGACUAGAGCUACAAGGCGAGCACCCACCACCGUUCUCACCACCGACACCACGAAUUUCAGGGCAAUGGUGCAAGAAUUCACUGGGAUUCCCUCGCCGCCUUUCUCCGGCGGCUCGCCCUACUCCCGCCGGCUCGAUCUAUUCGGCAGCGGCUCGAGCUUCCGGUCCUCCGGUCAUUUGGAAGCGUUGGGGGGAGGAUCAUCAUCAGCUCUUUACCCUUUACGUCCUUCACCUCAAAAGGUACUCCAGCCGCCAUCGCCGUUUCUCAUGUCUUCCUCUUCUUCUUCUUCUUCCUCAUUGUUGAACAACGCCAUGGUUGAUGCUACAAAUGUUGGUAAUUCGACAACCUUAAAUAACUACCACCAACUGCCGUCUAAUCUUGGCCUUCCCCGGCAGCCUCAAAACAUGCUAAACAUGCAAAACCAAAUUCUCACAUUCCAGUCGUCGUCGUCGUCGUCUCUUCCGCAGCCGAGUAUUCCCGGCGGAUUUGGUGCGCCGUCGCCUGGAAGUUUAGCCUUGCCAUCCCUUGAGGAAUUAGGUAUGAGCCACGGACAUGCCAAUCUGAACCUCGGUGGAGGAGGGCUACCAAUUAAUCACGGAGCUGGAUCCAAUGGUGGAAGAUCGAGCCAAGAGCAUUUGAGGCCGUUGGAUGGGAAUUACGGCAAUUCGCCGCGGGUCGGUGGCUGUAAGUUGAAUUAUUCGGCAUCUUCAUCAACGGAUUUUAACGUCCACGACAAGUCUUUGGAGAAUGUGUCUGGUAGUAGGGGUGACGGUACCGUUGAUUCAUGGCUUUGUCAUUCAGGUUAAAUUGAUCAAAUGAUCGAAACUAUAACACGUGUACGUACCACACGAAUCGCCGUGUUUAAGUACAUUAUGAUGAAGAGGGUUUUGCCGCAGCCAUACAACACAGCGGCGGCCGGCAGCGCCGGUGGUGGUGGUGGUGAAGAUGAUGAAUAUCUUAGCUUCUUAUAUUAAUUAAUUAGUGAUCACCACGCCUUAGCCACUUUUCG